AUGGCGAGCUCGCUACAAAACCUGUGGGACGAAGGCAUCGUCCACGCUAACCGGCUGACCAAUUAAUAGACGUCAGUGCCAGCGGGUAAAAAUCAUCGUCCCUGGAAGGGGGCCAAAAUUCGGAAAAUGCGCAAUGCGCUGAAUGCGAAUGCCAAUACGGCUCUCUCUACAUAAUCUUUCACGUAGACACACAUCUCAGCUCCACACAUGCCCUCUCCCGAAUCUAGGAAGCCACUGAUGCAAAGAGCGGAGGACAGCAAAAGGGUUAAACUCAAGCCCAGCCGAAGCCAGGAUAUCGUGGAUAUCGUGGUAUGCUGCAUCUCCCAAUUUGAUGAUCGUACACUCCCAAGAUCCAACAGUCAUCGUGUCAGCAGCUAGAUGACUCAAACGAAAUUGCAAAACAUA